AUGAUGUCCAUAGCAAUAAACUCAGAUUUGCCUCACUACAGCGAGGAGGAACCAUCCGUUUCGGGUUUUGGUCGACCGUUCAAACUGCUUGUCAAAGAUCAAACAUUCCUGAUCGAUUCCGCAAGUCUUUCGAAGGUUUCACCUAUUUUCGCGGUAAUGUUGUUCGGGAAAGAAUUCGAAAACGGACGCGAAUUAUCAAGAGAAAUCGUUGACGAAAAAAGCAACGAUAUUUCGAUCUUCUUACGAUGUCUCGACGAACCAAGCUGCAUAAAUGGCAUGUUACCUCAUUUUCUUUCAGUUGAUACAUUCACUUUCCUAAAACGCACAUUCUUUGGGCUGUGGAAAAUAUUGAUACGAUUGAGCAAUCCGCACAUUCCAGAUGGUAAUUUCGCAACCGUGCUGAGACUGGCCAAUAAGUAUCAAGUGGCUUUGUUGGUCGAUGCUUGUGAACAAUUCAUUUUGAAUAAAAUCGACCUGCAGCGUUUAAAACCUGACCAACUUCUUACGCUGUUGUUAGCUGCAAACGAGUUCCAUCUGAGAAAGGAAGUGAUCGUUCGACUCAUUCUAAGACUCGCAGCUGAAGAGAAAACCACAUUUAACCGGCUAAAGCUGAGUCGUCUUUUACCUUCUCAAUUGUACGGUGCGAUCAUAGGAGCAAAUUUGAAUUUAAUACAAACUCGUGAAAUCGAAGCAAUGAACAGUCAUCUGUUCAAGAUGGAACGAUAUCGGACGCAGUACAAGCGUUCGAUGUGCGACAUGUGUAAAAAGAUAACCAGUACGGCCUAUUGUGAAGGAUGUAAACAGCAGCUUUGCGAGAUGCACUGGAAGGCUAACAAAUGCACCAGUGAUUAUGGUAAGCGAAUGCUCAACGAACUUCGAGUGAACACUGUCGACUUGGAAUGGGACUGA